AUGCUCGCUAAUAUCAAGACGCAGUUCGACUCCGCGCAACGGUGGCUCGCCAGCCAAAUCCCGAUCCCACAAGACGACCAGCGCUCAAUUGAGCGCGAAAGAGCGCGGCAAAUUGCCUUAGAUGCGGUGAAUGCUGCAGAGCGACCAUGUUUGAGCUUGGAUUAUCUGCAGUCGGCGGAACACUUUAUCGGAUACCUUCGGGCCGCUCAGGAAUCUGUCACCGCGAGCAUGAACGAACGUAGCCUUAACGAUGAUGACUUCAAAGACUGGCACACCCUCGCGCGGCUUUAUGAACAUUUGGGACAGUACUCCGAAGCGCAGAAAUGCUACGCUACGGCUCAAUUCCUCCUCUCCACAGGGCACCCAUCCCACACACGGAUCCUUCGCGACUUCGCUCGGUUCCUGGCCGAAACUCGGCACAACCCCGACCUCGCGGAACAAAUAUGCGAUAAUAUACAAUCGUUGGGCAUGAAUGAGCGGAGAGGAACGGACGAUGCGGAGUCCUCUACGUCCGAGGGCAACAGAUCUAGCAUGUCGGAGGCAGUCGCAGCGGUAUCUAUUGUGGACGACAUGGAAACUCUCAGCCUUGUAUUGUGCCAGAAAGAGCGAUUCGAGGAAGCACUUACAUAUAUUGACACGGCUAAAUUUUACUACCGCAAGGACGGCUCGAUAUCCGCGAAUCUCGCCUUGUGUUGGGCUAUCACCUCUACGGGGCUUCAGGACAGGGAAAGGGCCGAAACAGAGUUCUGUCGAGCCUUGAUACUUUGCGCCUUGAACCUAGGAAAUUGGCACCUAAAGACAUUAUGCGUGCUGCACGCUUAUGCAACGGCUCUCUGGAAUUGGGAUAGACACGCAGAUGCCGCUGCCCUUUUCACGGAAUGCUACAUUGGACGAUACUACAGACUAGGCCCUCAUCACAGAAGUACAGAAGAGACAUACUCUAUGGUGAAGCGCUGUGGGCUUUCACAAGAGCAACGCGACAUCCUGCGGAUAUUCAGGGGAUGUUCCACUUAUAGGCUCCUACGUUCCCUUGCCUAUGAACAUAUGGAACUAUGGACCGUAGCGGACAUACUCGGAUCUCUGGAGAACAGCGACUUUAGGUUUGCCGAAAGUCUCAUUGAACACCAUCUCGAACACGCAAACAUACUACGGAUGAGACCGACCCGCCUUGAAAGUGUCGCUAAGCGGAUAGUUCGGUUCAAGAGAGCAAUGGCAGCAUGCGAAUCGAAACUUGGAAGCCACAUUGAGGCCGCUACUCGCCUCAAAUUCCUUAUGCAAGAACCAGGUCCCAUUCGGAUAAACAACACCAUGAUGCUGCAAUGCAAAAUGGAUCGUGCAAUUUACCUCUCUAGGGGUUCCACACGGGGAGCAAACGACCCAAAGGUCCAGGAAUUGAGCCAAAGCGUCUUCUACGAGUCGGAUAUGCUCCUGGAAAGCUAUGAAGAAGAGCGCCACUCUUUGAUCUCUGCUUUUAGAACGCACCUCGCAAAGCACAACUUGACGCAUUUCGAAUGGCACAAUUUACCAGAGAUCAAAGGUUCGCCAUUCGAAUUCCGCGCUAAUUUGGGACAUGGCAACUAUGGAUGGGUGCAAAGAGUUCGUCUGAAAGGGGUUGAGUAUGCACAGAAAAUGACCUCUCUGAAGGGUACAUACGCUAGUCAAAAGAGGAGACAGACCAAGGAGGAGGUUGGCAUCUUGAAGCGCCUUUGUCAUCCCCAUGUCGUCCAAGUAUACUGUACGUUCGAGGAGGGGGAUUGCUUUGCGAUUGUCAUGGAGCCUUUGGCGUCCGGAGAUUUGGACCAAUUCCUUUCACAACAAUCACGCCCUCUCGAGCUAUCUCCCCUGAUUGAGAAGUGGCUCGGCUGUCUAACAGUCACGCUGGCCUUCAUACACGAUCAUGGCAUCAAACACCGCGACAUCAAACCAAAAAACAUUCUGGUCAACAACGGCCUGGUCCUGUUCUCAGAUUUCGGAUCAAGCAAGCUCUGCUUGGAAACCGGCAUGUCCACCGACGGUCCAGCAUACGGACACACGAAGACUUACAGCGCGCCCGAAGUCAUCGCCCAGGAGAGAAGGAACGAGUCCGCUGACAUAUUCUCGCUGGGCUGCGUUUUUACGGAGAUGGUUUCGGUGUUGUGUGGAAGGUCCCUUGGCUGCUAUGACUCCUUCCGCGGUAGCGUGGAGUACCGGAGGAUGCCGUACCAUGAGAGCCUCGACCAGGUGGAGGCUUGGUUUACCGAUGACGAACACAUGCCUGCGUGGGGCGCGAAGAUGUACGCUGCGUUCCUCAAGCCCAUGCUGGAUGCGCGUCCGGAAUCUCGCCCGUCGGCACAGGAGACGGCUUUGGCUAUACGAGCGCACUUCCAAGCUGAAAAGCUGGCGUCUGAGACGUUCUGCCAGGCCUGCUUUCAGUAUUGCUUGGCCGAGGUUUAG